AUGAACUGGUGGUGUCGUGUUCCUGGAGUGAGUGUGUUUAUUGUUGCUGAUCGGAGAAGCUCAAGGAGAAACUUCCAUGGCCGCCAUGGUGGCCGCCGCCACUCGCCACCGCCGGCCACUACAAGACUUCUGAUUGAUGGCAAUCAUUUUAAUGGCCUAAAAGAUGAUGAUGAUAACGCUUCCAAUGACACUGGUGCUCGAGCUCCUAGUGAUAAAGCUCAUGGUGGUUCUACUUAUAGGUUUGCUAAAAGGGCUAAAACCACUGAUGCUUCUACUGAUAGGCCCAAUGAUAGGGCUAAAACCACUGAUGCUUCUACUGAUAGGCAUGAUAAAGGGGCUAAAACUAGUAAUGCUUCUACUGAUAGGACCGAUAUAGAUAAAGCCUCUAAAACCUAUGUUAGUCUUGAUGAGUUGAGUCUUGAUAUGCAAAAAGAUCUGCAACAUUUGGUGAAUUGCAAGGAAGGGCCAAUAGUAUAA